AUGUUUCAGUUGGUUUCACCUAGAAUAACUGAAUUGUCGGAUAGGACUGAUGUACUAGGUUAUAAUGAUGGGUGGAACCGUCUUUGGUCUUUUGAUGUUCCUCCCAAAGUUCGUGAUUUUCUUUGGCGUGCUUAUCGUGGAGUGCUUCCUACUCGGAAUAUUCUUUUGAGGCGUGGGAUAUAUGUACCUACUGCAUGUCUUUUUUGUGAUCAUAAUGAAUCUAUUUCACAUGUUUCUUUGCAUUGUCCAAUGGCUGUUGAGUUAUGGAGACUUGCUGGUUUUUCUACUGCUGUUGAUGCACGUAUGGCUAUACAUGCAUGGAAGUUAUGGCAUGCCAGGAAUGAAAGAUUGUGGGUCAAUAAAGUUUUGUCACCUAGUGAGGUUCAUCAUGCUGCUAGUUCCUAUUUUACUGAUUAUGUGGCUUCACUUGUGGCUCGGCCAAGGACGUUAUCCCACCCAUCUGUUCCUCGUGUGCUCUCUUUGGUUGAGGCUACCACUCUUGAAAUUGAUUGGAUUGCAUUCAUUGAUUGUGCAGUAUUUGCUAGUGCUGAUUUGUUCGGUUUUGCAGCAGUAUUUGAGGACUUAGAAUGCUUCUUUUCCAUUGCAAUUUCGGGUUUCUACGAGGGGGGUGGGCAACCUGUUAUUGUUAAAAUUUUGGUCUUGCGUCAAUAUUUAUCUUAUGCUAGAGAUUGUUUUCUUCAGACCGGUUAUAUUUUUACGGAUAACCAAUCCUUAGUCUUGACUAUUCGCUCUUCUCUGGAUGACUUUUCGGAAUUUGGAUUAGUUGUUUCUGAUUACAAGGAUGCUAUGCGGUUUCAUGGUAACAUUCAUGUUCGUUGGGUACGCCGUUUAGAAAAUAGAGCCGUCCAUUUAUUAGCUAGAGAGUCUAUUCAUCAUGAUAGAUUCAAGAUUUGGAUUAAAAUUUCUGAUUGUCUCUUAGAUUAUUAUUCUACAAGAUAA